GUUAGUCUAGAGUCAGUCCUUGGCCUUACAAAACAUUUUCUCGGUUUUUUUUUCGGCUUUGUAAAACAAAAUUUGGUGAAAAAGUUUAAAAUGUUGCGAAUGUUGCGUCUGAAGUGUCGUUCCAUCGUGGCUCGCAGCAUGUCUUUGAUGGAAGAAUGUGGACUGUUCAAGGGCGGUUGGUCCGUGGGUCUCAGCCAAUUCAAGAACAAGGGUGGGUCCAAUGGCUUGUCCAUUGGUGGCAACAGUGUGCUCCGUCAGCAACUGUUGUGCCGCAACUACAGCAGUAAGUCGUCCGACGACGAUUGCGGAGCUCCCAAAAAGUGUGAAACGGAAAAGACCGCGGGCGUCAGGAGCUGUGGUCCUGCUCACUUCAAGGGCACCAUCUGCGAUGCGGCCAGGGGUGGCAAGCCCAAGAAGAAGGUCGAGGCCAAGGAGACUAACAAACCGAAAAAGACUUCAAAGUUCAAAUCGAUGUGGGACAUACCCGGCUGCGAGUACGAGCCAAAGUGCGAUAUGAACGUACGCUCUGAUGUUAAAUAUUACCGCAUCUCGGACAAGGAGGCCCGUCAGUACCAGGUGACUUGGAACGAAUGUCCCCGGCUGGUGAUCAAGCCCAAGAAGGUGUGCAUAGACCAGAAGCAUCCCCGUCCGAAGCCAUGUCGCCGACAGAGAAAGACGGUGGCGGUGACAGCCCGACCCUCGAUGCCCAUGCUCAAUCCCAUGGAGUGCAAGAAGCCGGAAGACCAGUCGCCUUGUCCACGCUGGGAAUUGCCCUGCUGCAAGCCUAGCCGCGUCCCACCAAGUUGCCACCGAGUACGGCGUCUGUCCGACUGCAAGAAGCGUAAGGCGCCGUAUCCCAGCUUCUCGGAGUGCAAGCGGGAGGAGCUCACAAAGGCUCCACCAAUCGAGUGCCUCUGCCUGCAGACUCCCAUGGCCUGUGAGAUGUGGGCCGAGCUGAGACGUAGGAUCGCUCGCGGCAGGUCUGCGAUAUUGAAGUGCGGCGAACUGUAGGCGGCGGCGACAAUCAUACGAUAGUUCACAUUCCCACCGAUUUUUCCAACCAAGUAACCACAUCCAAAUUCCAGUUUUUCCGAAACUCUUUCCUCUCUAUCCUACACAACCGAAAUUCAAAAUGUUGUCGAAACAUUGGGCUAAAAUCUUGGCCGGUAACUUAAUGCCCCUCUCCGUUCGAUUUGCCAGUUGUGCUGGCUCUAAGGGCGGCAGUUGCAACUCCAAAUCAAAGGGUAAAUCCAAACCGGAGCCCAGUUGCAAGCGCUCAGCGAAGAAGAAAGACUGCAGCAAGAUCAAAGCUCCAUUUCCUAGUUACUCGGAAUGCAAGCGAAAGCCGACCGAUCCUAAGCCUUCUAAGGAGUGCGAUUGCAGGGACUUCGACAAGUGCUGAAUCUGGGAUGUCUACCCCACCUUUCGACAACUACAGACUGAUGACUCGCCACAUGCAAGUCCGUUGGUGCCACUGGAGCCUAGUUGUUUUGUCGGACUUUAUUCUGGCCACUCAACUUAAUUUUAUUCAAUCAAACCGACGUUGAACUAAUAUAAUAUUACGAGUUUAAAAUUAAAA